AUGUCUGUCGAUGCCGCACCGCCUCUGCAUCGACCACCCUCCAGAACUCGACCACUCGUCACAUCAGAACCUCUCCCCGACACCAAUGAUGCUCUCACUCCCGCCAGCCCCAGGAUAUGGCGAACGUGGGCAACGGCCUUCAACGGCACACUUCGCCAUCACCGCACAUACCUCAGCCUUUACGCCCCGCUGGAGUCGCUCGAGGAAAAGACAAUCGCGCUCGCCAGCGCUGUGCUCGCCGUCAUAGCAGGGGCGCCGCUCCCCAUCAUCGGCUACAUCUUCUCGCGCAUCAUCAACGAAUUCCCGCCAUCAGAACAGGCCUUGCACGAACGCCUGGUGCAGCUUCUUGGCGUUGCAGCGGGCUAUUUGGUCAUUACCGCCUUGUACAUGCUCGGCUUUGGCCUCACCUCCGAAAAUGUCUCCAUCAAGCUGCGCCAGCGACUGCUGGAUUGCCUCCUUCACCUGGACCAGGCAUAUCUCGAUACCCAUCAUGUGGAUGUCAGUGGAAUGCUGACCGACAAAAUGGACACCAUCCAAUCCGGCUGCUCGGAAAAGGUGGGCAUUUUCAUUCAGGCCAUUUCUUACUUUGUCUGUGCAUUCAUCGUCGCCUUCAUUCUCGAUGCAAAGCUUGCCGGCAUCCUGCUGGCAUCAGUCGUACCCGCAAUCGCGCUCAGCUUUGCCAUCCUUUCACCCCUCGUGUCGAAGCAGAGUCGAAAGCUCGCCCGACAGAAUGAGGAGGCAAGUAGCGUCGUUGAGAGCGCUCUCGGUGCGGUGAAAGUUGUGCAAGCCUUUGAUAUGAUCGGGGAGCUGUGCAGCAGACACAUGGAAUGCUUGCGAGUGUCGGCACAGACGAACGUGAAAAGGUCGAUCCUGGCGGCAGUGCAGGCCGGCGCCGUCUACUUCAUUGCAUACUCCGCAAACGCACUGGCAUUCUUUCUGGGAAGCCGUAGCACCACUCCAGGCAACUCGGGCACCGUCUAUGCGGUCGUCUUUAUUAUUCUGGAUGCAUCAUUCGUCGUUGGACAAUUUGCCCCAUUUCUCGACAUCUUCGCUCGAGCAGCAUCGGCAAACGCCGCCAUUCAACAUCUCCUGAACGUGCGCAGCGAUCCUGAGCGCUGCAUCACAUACCGCAAGACACACUAUAAGCCCGAUGUGGCAGGCCGCGAUAUCGUCAUGAAAGACAUUGUCUUCUCCUAUCCCGCUCGACCAUCCGUCCAGAUUCUGAGAAAUCUCGACCUGACGUUCCGGGCGGGAACAUUUACUGCUGUCGUCGGCACGUCGGGAGGGGGCAAGUCGACACUUGUGGCACUGCUUCUGGGCAUUUAUGACUACUCCGGCAAAAUUGAAUUCGGACAUGACGAUGCUCGGCUCAUCGAUCCAAGGCAUUUGCGUUCGCAAAUUGCAAUUCUAGAGCAGGACUCGAUUCUAUUCUCCGGUACCAUCUUUGACAACGUCUGUCACGGAAUCGUUGGUCACGACCUAUCUCACGAGGAGAAAGCUGCGCGAUGCUCUGAAGCCUUGAGGGCGGCCAAUGUCGACUUCCUCGGGCAGCUGCCGAAAGGCGUGCAUACCGAACUCGGAAACGAGAUUGAGCUCUCUGGAGGUCAGCGCCAACGAGUGUGUCUUGCGCGCGCUUUGAUCAAGCGUCCCUCAUUCCUCAUUCUCGACGAGCCCACCAGCGCAUUGGAUGCCAGGAACGAAUUGGCCGUCAUGGAUGCUGUCAAGCGCGUAGCAGCGAGUGGCACCACAGUCGUGAUGAUUGCCCACCGCCUAUCAACUACCUUGGACGCAGACCAUAUCAUUGUGAUGAGUGACGGCAAUGUUGUUGAACAAGGUACUCCGCGCGAUUUGUCGCACGAAGGCACCGUCUUUCGUGGACUGCUGGAUGCGCAGAAGACAGAGUUCAGUGGCGACGAAGACCAAGCUGAACAUGCCAAUCAGCUUUCUCUCGAGCACACAAAAUCGAACAGGUCCGGUGCAACAGCAAUGGGGUCCGAUACAAUUGCGGCCAACGAGGCUGUGGAACCCCAGCGGAUCGCAAAUCACAGCCUCUGGAUCCUGUGUAAACGCAUAAGCUCAAUCGUCAAACCAGAGGCGUGCAUCGUUCUAUUGGGUCUUUUCGCGUCCGCCGCAAGCGGUGGGAUAUUGUUGGGGCAAGCACUAAUCUUCGGCAACCUUAUAUCGCUUUUGAAUGGUGGCAUGACCCGAAGCUCUUACUACAGCACCGCUGACUUCUACUGCUUGAUGUUCUUCAUCCUGUCUCUCAUUGCGCUCAUCGCAUAUACAACAAGUGGGACUUUCUUUGGCAUCACUUCCCAUCGCAUGACGACCAGGAUCCAAACUCAGCUACUAUACAAGACCCUGCACCAAGACAUGCAAUGGUUCUCAGCGAAGAGCCGCUCAGUGCAAGCUCUAACAUCGUCCUUCGCGAAAGAUUCUGGUGAUCUCUCAGCGCUUGGUGGAGUUGCACUCGGAGCAAUAUUUACGAUUAUUGUCUCGGUGUUGGGCGGCAUCAUCCUGGCAUUGUGCAUCGCCUGGAAAAUCGCGAUAGUCUUGCUGGUUGCGGUACCCAUCAUGCUGCUUUCUGGGUGGUCCAGGCUUCGACUCCUGACUGCAUCGGAGAUGCAGCAUCGAGAAGCUUACACCGAAGCCACGAGCCUUGCAGCGGAGUCCUGUCGACACCGCCGUACGGUGACUGCUCUCUGCCUCGAGAAUUAUGCCCUCGACGACUAUCGACGCUCGCUCGAAGCCCCCUUCCGCAAGAUUCGUCUCUACGUCUACUCCUGUAACACUCUUCUGGCAUUUUCGUUUUCCAUCACAUAUUUUGUGUACGCAUUGGCAUACUGGUGGGGCGCGAGACAGGUAAGAAAUGGAUCCUACACAUCGACAGAUUUUUUCAUCGUUCUCCCGGCGCUACUCUUCUCCGCGCAAUCCGCCGCACAGUUCUUUGCACUCAGCCCCGAGGUGGCUCGAGCCAAAACAGCUGCUCGCAAUGUCUUCACUUUGCUGGAUGCAAACCCUAACAUCAUGCGUCCUUCCACACACGACGCAGUCUCCGUUAUGAGCUCCACGACACACUCACUCGACAAGGUCAAUGGUGGCGAGAAGGGCUCAACCAGAGACGCACCGAGUGAUCAACCACCAAAGCUGGAAUUCCGCAAUGUGACUCUCUCAUAUCCAAACGGUUCCCGGCCAGCGCUUCAAGAUGUGUCGCUGGAAGUACCUCGGGGUCACACGUUUGCUUUCGUCGGACCCUCGGGGGCGGGCAAAACUUCUGCCAUGGCGAUGAUUGAGCGAUUCUUUGACCCCACAGAGGGUAGCGUCCUGUUCGACGGCAUUGAUUUGCGUGAUAUGGACGUCAAAACCUUGCGAAGCCAUAUGGGGCUCGUGUCACAAGAUGCAGACCUGUUCAGCGGGUCAAUACUCUACAACAUCAAGCUCGGUGCUCCGUGUGGAGGCUUGGUGUCGGACGAUGAAGUGCAUCAAGCAUGCAAGAAGUGCGGACUACACGACUUCAUCAUCAGUCUACCCGAUGGCUACAACACUGAGUGCGGCAGCAACACCUCGUCGCGACUCAGUGGCGGACAGAAACAGCGUCUGGCCAUCGCCCGAGCUCUGGUCCGCAACCCCGAGGUUUUGCUUUUAGAUGAACCCACAGCAUCUCUAGAUGCUCAUAGCGAGGCUCAUGUCCAGGCCGCACUGGCAGAAGCAGCCAAAGGUCGCACGACCGUCAUUGUGGCUCACCGACUGGCGAGCAUACAACACGCCGACUGCAUUUGCGUUUUCGAUGGCGGCAGGGUGGUCGCCCAAGGCACGCACUCGGAACUGGUCGCUCAAGGCGGGUUGUACGCUAGUAUGGCCAAGGCCCAAUCUCUUGCUUGA